GGGGAGGAGGAAGGAUUUCCGUUUCCGCUUGGGCGGGGGUUGGAGGAGGUUGCAGCUGGAGCUGGAGCCCAGCCUGUGCUUGACUGCUUCCGUUCUCUCGCCUUUGCUGCUGGAUGCGGCCUUCGAGGAGGUGUCUUAAGGGUGUGCUGUAGAUGAGGGGGUGGAGGAUAUGCCUGGUGGGGAAUUUUCUCCACCCCCUCCGUGAGUGAGCAACUGCUGCUAUGUGCCUCUCUCAGCACCUCCAGGACUAAAGCCCUUUCAAGUUCCUCAAAGAAUCGCCUGGCAUCCUUUCUUCCGUUCCGGGCAGCGCAUGCUCCCUGGAGGGUGCCUCAUCGCUCUCCAGACCAGCGCUGUAAAUUCCCGCCUGCUUCCCUUGCUGCGCGUGCCAAAUGCAUCUUUGCAAACCCAGAAGCCCUGUGCCAAUGCUCUGUGGAUGGGCCUGGCGUUAGAAUGGUGCCUGCAUUUCUGUGACGAGGCCAACCCACCCGGGUAAGGAGGCUGCAGAGGGGCGUCGGUGGCUGGGCAUGGAGGACUCUGGUCAGAGGUUGGUGCUGGGUAUGAACAUGGGUGAUGGGCGGGAAACACCUCCCGGGGAGCUGAGGACACCCACCGAAGAGGGAGAGGAGCAGAGGACACCCGUGCCUGAAGCCAUCUGUGACGGUGGCAGCGGUGAUGCCAAAACUUCCCAAAGGAAAGAAGAGGAGCAGGAGGAAGAGGAGGAGCUUGACCCCCGCAUCCAGAAGUUCUCCAUUGCUCCGUCCCUGCUUCAUUGUUUUGCAACUUUAGCAGCAGGAGGAUGUUUUCUAGCCCUGCUACCUGGGAUUCUUGAAGUCAAGGAUGGGGGACCUUUUGUGGGCCUGCCAAAGGAGGAGCUGGAGCACCUCAAUCAGGCCAAUGAAGAGAUCAAUCGAGUGGAGCUGCAGCUGGAUGAAGCCCGUACCACGUAUCGGAGGAUCUUGUCGGAGUCUGCCAGGAAGCUGAAUGCUCAGGGCUCCCAGUUGGGGAACUGUAUCGAGAAAGCACGCCCCUACUACGAGGCCAGGCGCUUGGCCAAGGAGGCACAGCAAGAGACCCAGAAGGCUGCCCUGCGGUACGAGCGAGCCGUCAGCAUGCACAACGCGGCCCGGGAGAUGGUUUUUGUGGCUGAGCAGGGGGUCAUGGCUGACAAAAACAGGCUGGACCCCACCUGGCAGGAGAUGCUCAACCACGCUACGUGCAAGGUGAACGAGGCCGAAGAGGAGCGCCUGCGAAGCGAACGGGAGCACCAGCGCGUCACCCAGCUCUGCCAGCAGGCCGAGGCCAAGGUGCAGUCGCUGCAGAAGUCCUUGAAGCGGGUCAUUGUGAAGAGCAAGCCCUACUUUGAGCUCAAGGCCCAGUUCAACCAAAUCCUUGAGGAGCACAAGGCCCGGGUGACGUCCCUGGAGCAGCAGGUGGGCCAGGCCAAGAUGCGCUACUCUGUGGCCUUGCGGAACCUGGAGCAGAUCAGCGAACAGAUCCAUGCCCGGCGGCUCCAGCGCCUGGUCGGACGGAGGGCUUCCCCGGUGGGCGCCGAAGCCAGCCCGGCGCUGCUCUACGGGGCGGCGGCGCUGCCCCCUGAGCCGGCCGCCUCCUCCGACACGCUCUCGGUGCUCAGCUUCCAGACCAUUGCCUCCGACCUGCAGAAAUUCGACUCGGUGGAGCACCUGCUGGGGCUGUCCGACGCCGCCAGCCUCAACAGCGACGAGCUGGAGGAGCGGGAGCAGCGCCGCGAAGCCCAGCCCCACUCCUUCAAGCACCACCGCAGCAUCAGCCUCUGACGUGACCCCCCACCACCCCCGCUCUCUGCUGCGGUCCCUUUUGUCCCCGACCUCCUGGGGAAAUGGGGAGAAGAAGGGGUCGGGCAUGAAAGGAAUGAUCACGCAGAGAAAGGCAGGUCUUGGGAGCGCAUUGGUUAUGCUGGGCCCGUCUGCUGAAGCGCGGCCCGUGGGGCCGAAUUUCCCCCACAAUUUGCAGCCUUUGGCGCAACCCAGACGCCCUGCCGUCCUCUGCUGCCGGCACUUUGGGGCAUACCCAGGCCCCAGUCGCUUGGAAACUUUGAGCAUUUUGCUGGACCCCAUUCAUUGAGCCACCAUUUCCCCCGCCCCUUAUUUUCCCCUCUCGCCUCCCCACCAGCAUGCACCGUUUCCUGGGAGCACUGUAUGCUGGGGUCAAUUCUGCGCCCCUGCACAUUUCACCUUAGGUUUGUUGGCUUAUUAGCGACGCCAUCAUCUUUCUCCAGGUGUGCUGGAGCGCUUGAAACGGAGGG